AUGGAAGAUAAAAUAACUAGUCCAGAGAAAAGUGAAGAAGCAACAUUAAAAGCAAGAUGCCCUCAUCUAGGACAAAAAUCUGGAGGUUCAGAUUUCUUAAGGAAGCGACUACAAAAAGGGCAAAAAUAUUUUGAUUCUGGGGAUUAUAGCAUGGCUAAGGCAACAAUGAAGAACAAGCAACUUCCUGCUGCAACUCCGGACAAGGCCGAGGUCACUGGUGACCACAUCCCCACCCCACAGGACCCUCCUUGGGGGGAAACCAUCUCUUGUUGCUAG